CAGCUAUUCAGCUGCUCAGCCGUACAGUUCAACAACAAAUCCAUUCCAUUUUCCAUUUCAACAAACGCGAGGGCCUAAGCGAAGUGGGGUUACAUACGAUUCGAGUUGACGAUCAUGAUAUCAGUGACAAACUCAGCAUGAUGUUGGUGACUACUAUAAAACCCAUUCAUCUUUCAUCUCCCCUACGUCACGACUCUAUUUUCCUCUUGAACAUCAACCUCCCCUACUAUUAUCCAAACCGUGACUACUGAAAUACCAACUACCAGCACCACUUCCUCACCGCUAUCCCACUCCUCAAGUUCAAUAACUUUCUGCAUCAUGUCUGUUUCUGCUAUCGAGAGUCUUGAGAACUACCUAGACCUCAUCAACUCGGGCGAUGUGGUAAUCGUCGAGUUCUGGACUACAGAGGGUGGUCCUCACGAAACAAUCAGUUCAGUCUUCGAAGACCUGGCCUCCAAAUCUGAGUUCAGUGAGAUCAAGUUCGCCAAAGUCGAUGCUGAUGCCCAACCUGAGAUUCUUAACGAAGCUGGAAUCGGAUCCUUUCCUACUUUCAUGGCGUUCAUAAAUGGCAAUAAAUUGGACGAGUUUGUGGGUACUAGUCCCCAAGGCCUGGAAGCGCUUGUUGAGCAGUAUGCAUCAGUCUGAUAAACUAUAUACUACUAUGUUGUGCUAUGUGCCUUCGCGAGAAGCGAAAGGGAAAUCUGGGUCUGAUCUAUGUAUAUGUCUUGAAUCAUUCGGUGGUUCUCUAGUCAUUUGGUUAUGUUGACAGUAUUAGUUUCGAAUUCUUAUAGCAGGAAGUAGACGUGAAGCACAUAGGAUGACUACUUUCAAUCAGUGGUUAACGGAAAACUUUUAAUACACUAAUAGCUGUCGCUAGUGACAGUAAGUAGAAGCGUUGGAUGAUGCACUUAGC